AUGGUUGCCAAGAACAUCUUUCGCCGGGAUGAUCACUUGGAAUCAUACGCUUGUCUCGUCAGGUGCUGUGGCAACGCGAAAUAUCUGAGCGAUGCUCGGAAGAUCCACGCUUUGAUCGAAGGAACCCAUUACAAGAACAACGUCUACAUUGCGAAUCUCCUCGUCCAAAUCUAUGGCAAAUGCGGGAGCUCUGGCGAUGCACGCAGCGUGUUUGAUUCCAUUCUCACCGCCAACUCCUUUUCAUGGAAAAUCCUGCUCCAAGCCCACAUUCACAACCAGCAGCUCCACGAGGCCAAGCGCGUCUUCGAUUCCAUGCCCGGGAAGAAUGUAGUGACUUGGAAUGUGCUUCUUUCGGCAAAUGCCAAAAUCGGGCAAAUUCAUGAAGCGAGGCUUGUUUUCGAUCGAAUUCCAGAGUGGGACGUUGUUUGCAUGAAUGCUAUUGUCACUGGGUUUGCGAAAGCUGGAAUGAUCAGCCAGGCUAGAAACCAAUUUGAAAACAUGCCUGAGAGAGACUCUGUGUCGUGGAAUGUGAUUAUUUCGGCAUAUGCUCAAGCUGGAGAUUUUCUUGAAGAAAAGAAGCUGUUUGAUAGAAUGGAACGAGAUCAUGAUUCUCACAAAAGACUGAGCAAUCCAGUUCUAUGGAACUCUAUGAUCGUUGCGCAUGCCCAGUGCGGAGAUCUUGAUGGAGCACGAAAGUACUUUGCGAGGAUGACGCAGAGAGAUUGCGUGUCGUGGAGAGACAGCGUUCCUUGGAAUGUUAUGAUCACUGCAUAUGCCCAACGAGGGCAUGUAAACGAAGCAAAGUGCUUUUUUGACAGUGUAGAAGUUCCAAACAUUAUCACGUGGAAUUGCAUGAUCGGAGCGUAUGGGCAAAAUGGACACUUAGACGAUGCUUGGGCAUUGUUUAGACGCUGUUUACAGCCAAACAUAGUGACCUGGAACGUUCUUAUCGUGUCGUUUGCCCAGAAUCUACAUUGUGCUGAGUCCAUUCAUCUCUUUGACGUCUUGAAUCUGGAAGGAUUCAAGCCAGACGAGCUGAGUUUCAUGGGCCUUUUGAUUGCUUGCUGCCACCUUGGGCUGGUAAUUGCUGCUAGAGAUACCUUGGCUUCAAUGGUUUUUGACUACGGUAUAAGUCCUGAGCGAGAUCACUACUGCUGCUUGAUCGGUGUUCUUGCGGGAGCUGGGCUCUUGGAUGAUGCUGAGGAUCUCAUCAACACAAUGCCAUUUGUUCCAGAUGUUUCCAACUGGGGAUGCUUUGUGAGUGCCUGUAAGAUCCACUCUGUUGGAGUGGAUAGGAGUGUUGGUGCUGCUUGCAAUGCCAUCGCGAUGGAUCCUAAAAACUCAGCGCCAUACGACAAUUUUUACUGA